GAAUGACUUCGCGAGACACUCUCUUGAGCCUCGAUCCUGGUCCUGAGGAUGCACUGUACAGAAUUCAACGAAGUGAGAACAAUGUGAAGAGAGCCAUCUACGUUCAUGUCACGGACAUUACCAUCUUACCCGAGGAGUCGAGAACUGCAGAAUACGAGCUCAUUCGAGAUCUGGGGAAACUGAAAGGAUGGGGAGAUGACAAUUGGACGACCUUGACGCUCUACAAGACCAUCAAUGAUGACCGUCAUGGCGAUGCCCAGAUUCACUGUCUGUGGGACAAUUUCAAGGCCCAUGCCCUCUCCCAUGAGCACAUCCUCAAAUCUUAUCCACUCUUUAACAUCUUCGACCUUCGUGUCAUCAAAAGAAAAAACGAUGCAGUCCAGUAUGUUCAUAACGGCUCUUCCUUUUGCUAUCUCAAAAUUGCAAGAUUCGGAUUCGAAUUGCGAUAUAUUAAGACCGAGCUCAGCGUCUACCAUGAUCUAGCGAGACUGAAGUCCAAGCUUGGUCCGCAAUUAUUGGGGUAUGUUUUUGAAGGCGCGGAGAGAAGAAUUGUAGGAUUUUUGCUAGAAGAGGUAUCUGGAAGGCCACCUGCAUUGGGUGAUCUGGAAGAGUGCAAGGCAGCUUUGCGAGAACUACAUGGCUUGGGGAUUAUCCAUGGUGAUCCCAACAAAUACAACAUCAUCAUCACGAAACUUGGUGUCCGACUCAUUGAUUUCGAGAAUGCCUGCAAGGCACCGGUCGACAAUGGUGGUUCGAAACGCUGGGAUGCCAUGAAGGAGGAAGACAUGCGAAAACUGGAGCUGGGUCUCGUGGAUACUUCUAGCAACGGUCAGCCUUGGGACGACCCUGACUAA